AUGGAUUUAAAAAUAAAGAGAUUCGGCAGGACUACCCUUCACAGGAGAGAUGUGGUGGAAAACAAACAGACACACGGCACAACAUUAUGUUUGACACACACACAGACGCGGCCGGCUAUGUACAAGACUUCAUACACUCUUCUGAAACAGUGGCUCGGAGCUUCGAAAGCGAAAUUUAUACCUGACGUUCGUGUCGAGGGAAUUCGUGUUUUGAUCCGCGCCGAUAAGAACGGUAUUCGAUCGACGGCGAGACUUGAGAGGGAAGAUGAGGACGGAGCCGUGAGUUGGAGGGAGACGGAGACAGAGCGGUCCGUGACCUAUCCUACUCACGAACCACGAGUCCCGCCAGUCCCGGAACAUCGCAGUUUAACAAGUCGUCUAGACGCCCGCCUCUGUGUGCGUCCGGUGUCUGUGUGUGUGUAG